ACAGCCACACGCCCCAAGGCCUCCAAGAUGAGCUACACGUUGGACUCGCUGGGCAACCCGUCCGCCUACCGGCGGGUAACCGAGACCCGCUCGAGCUUCAGCCGCGUCAGCGGCUCCCCGUCCAGCGGCUUCCGCUCGCAGUCGUGGUCCCGCGGCUCACCUAGCACCGUGUCCUCCUCCUACAAGCGCAGCAUGCUCGCCCCGCGCCUCGCCUACAGCUCCGCCAUGCUCAGCUCCGCGGAGAGCAGCCUUGACUUCAGCCAGUCCUCGUCCCUGCUCAACGGCGGUUCCGGACCCGGCGGCGACUACAAGCUGUCCCGCUCCAACGAGAAGGAGCAGCUGCAGGGGCUGAACGACCGCUUCGCCGGCUACAUAGAGAAGGUGCACUACCUGGAGCAGCAGAAUAAGGAGAUUGAGGCGGAGAUCCAGGCGCUGCGGCAGAAGCAGGCCUCGCACGCCCAGCUGGGCGACGCGUACGACCAGGAGAUCCGCGAGCUGCGCGCCACGCUGGAGAUGGUGAACCACGAGAAGGCUCAGGUGCAGCUGGACUCGGACCACCUGGAGGAAGACAUCCACCGGCUCAAGGAGCGCUUCGAGGAAGAGGCGCGGCUGCGCGACGACACUGAGGCGGCCAUCCGCGCGCUGCGCAAAGACAUCGAGGAGGCGUCGCUGGUCAAGGUGGAGCUGGACAAGAAGGUGCAGUCGCUGCAGGAUGAGGUGGCCUUCCUGCGGAGCAACCACGAGGAGGAGGUGGCCGACCUUCUGGCCCAGAUCCAGGCAUCGCACAUCACGGUGGAGCGCAAAGACUACCUGAAGACAGACAUCUCUACGGCGCUGAAGGAAAUCCGCUCCCAGCUCGAAUGCCACUCCGACCAGAAUAUGCACCAGGCCGAAGAGUGGUUCAAAUGCCGCUACGCCAAGCUCACCGAGGCGGCAGAGCAGAACAAGGAGGCCAUCCGCUCCGCCAAGGAAGAGAUCGCCGAGUACCGGCGCCAGUUGCAGUCCAAGAGCAUCGAGCUAGAGUCGGUGCGCGGCACCAAGGAGUCCCUGGAGCGGCAGCUCAGCGACAUCGAGGAGCGCCACAACCACGACCUCAGCAGCUACCAGGACACCAUCCAGCAGCUGGAAAAUGAGCUUCGGGGCACAAAGUGGGAAAUGGCUCGUCAUUUGCGCGAAUACCAGGACCUCCUCAACGUCAAGAUGGCUCUGGAUAUAGAAAUCGCUGCAUACAGAAAACUCCUGGAGGGUGAAGAGACCAGAUUUAGCACAUUUGCAGGAAGCAUCACUGGGCCACUGUACACACACCGACAGCCCUCAGUUACAAUAUCCAGUAAGAUUCAGAAAACCAAGGUGGAAGCUCCCAAGCUCAAGGUCCAACACAAAUUUGUCGAGGAAAUCAUAGAGGAAACCAAAGUGGAGGAUGAGAAGUCAGAAAUGGAAGAGGCCCUGACAGCCAUUACAGAGGAACUGGCCGUUUCCAUGAAGGAAGAGAAGGAAGAAGCAGCAGAAGAAAAGGAAGAGAAGCCAGAAGCUGAAGAAGAAGAAGUAGCUGCCAAAAAGUCUCCAGUGAAAGCAACUGCACCUGAAGUUAAAGAAGAGGAAGAGGGGGAAAAGGAGGAAGAAGAAGGCCAGGAGGAAGAAGAGGAAGAAGAUGAGGGAGCUAAGUCAGACCAAGCCGAAGAGGGAGGAUCUGAGAAGGAAGGCUCUAGUGAAAAAGAGGAAGGUGAGCAGGAAGAAGGAGAAACAGAGGCUGAAGGUGAAGCAGAGGAAGCCGAAGCUAAAGAGGAAAAGAAAGUGGAGGAAAAGCGUGAGGAAGUGGCUACCAAGGAGGAGCUGGUGGCAGAUGUCAAGGUGGAAAAGCCAGAAAAAGCCAAGUCUCCUGUGCCAAAAUCACCAGUGGAAGAGAAAGCCAAGUCUCCUGUGACAAAAUCACCAGUAGAAGAGAAAGCCAAGUCUCCUGUGACAAAAUCACCGGUGGAAGAGAAAGCCAAAUCUCCUGUGACAAAAUCACCAGUGGAAGAGAAAGCCAAGUCUCCUGUGACAAAAUCACCAGUGGAAGAGAAAGCCAAGUCUCCUGUGACAAAAUCACCAGUGGAAGAAGCAAAGCCAAAAGCAGAAGUAGGGAAAGGUGAACAGAAAGAGGAAGAAGAGAAGGAAGUCAAGGAAGCUCCCAAGGAAGAGAAGGUAGAGAAAAAGGAAGAGAAACCAAAGGAUGUGCCAGAGAAGAAGAAAGCUGAGUCCCCAGUAAAGGAGGAAGCUGUGGAGGAGGUGGUCACCAUCACCAAAUCGGUAAAGGUGCACUUGGAGAAAGAGACCAAAGAAGAGGGGAAGCCACUGCAGCAGGAGAAAGAGAAGGAGAAAGUGGGAGGAGAGGGAGGGAGUGAGGAAGAAGGGAGUGAUAAAGGUGCCAAGGGAUCCAGGAAGGAAGACAUAGCUGUCAAUGGGGAGGUAGAAGGAAAAGAGGAGGUAGAGCAGGAGACCAAGGAAAAAGGCAGUGGGAGGGAAGAGGAGAAAGGCGUUGUCACCAAUGGCCUAGACUUGAGCCCGGCAGAUGAAAAGAAGGGGGGAGAUAAAAGUGAGGAGAAAGUGGUAGUGACCAAAACGGUAGAAAAAAUCACCAGUGAGGGGGGAGAUGGUGCUACCAAAUAUAUCACUAAAUCUGUAACCGUCACUCAAAAGGUUGAAGAGCAUGAAGAGACCUUUGAGGAGAAACUAGUGUCUACUAAAAAGGUAGAAAAAGUCACUUCACACGCCAUAGUAAAGGAAGUCACCCAGAGUGACUAAGAUUUGAGUCCACUGCAAAAGGUUAAGCCAUAUGACAAUUUCAAAAUGCAUGUGAUUGGCAGCUUCAAAACAGAACGGGUUCUCCCAUGGGGGCUCCAGACAUUGUAUUUUACUUUGUGCAAUAUGAGGGGACUGCAUGCAAGCUCAGGGUGCUCCCUCCUCAGUCUUUGGGGGAUUCAAAUGCAUGAUAUUGUAUGUACCUGGGAAAUUUGCCAAUUUCCUAAGCUGUUGGAAGGGGGUCACUUAAGGGGGGAUGUCUUGAGAUGUAUUAUGCAAAGUACCAACUGAGCCAAAAACAAUAAAUGAAACACAGAACUCUCUUAGCCUUAAGAAAGCUAUAUAUGAAUAAUUAUGUUUACCUCACUGGUGCGUUUAAAAUGGACUUUUGUUCAUGGGAGAACCUUGUUGACAUGCACAGUUUGCAAUCUUAUGUUGAUCGAUGUUAAACGUCACAGCAGUACUUGCUCAAUAAAGGUCAUAUUGGAAACAUA